AUGCCGCGCCGCCCCGCGUCCGUCGGCGAGCUCGAGAAGUACUUCCCCGACCUGGCUGCACCGGGCGGCGGCGACGAGCUCUUCCUCGCCAACGAGAUGAAGCAGAGCUUGUUCCGGGCUUCCUUCCCUGCUUCCCGCUUCAGUUCCGUCCUCCUCUCCGGCGGGAGGAGCUUCCGAGGCCCCGCAUUCGCCGCCAUUACCCACUCUCCGGCGGCGGCGGAGGAGGACGGAAAGCCGAGCAGCGAGAGCGUGAAGCUCGGCGGGAGGAACUCCUGGACGGACAUGCCCAAGUUCCUCCUGGCCGGCGCGGUCUCCACCAUAAUCUCCAGGUAAAAAUCCUCCUGCUCUCCCGCAUCAUUUGCAGUAGAAGUAGGUAGCAUUGGUCUCCCAAUUCCUUCUUGAUCCAUCGAUGCUCGGCAAUGGUGAAGAUGAGGGGAGGUCGUUUUUGACAAACAGGACCUGCGUGGCGCCGCUGGAGAGGAUCAAGCUUGAGUGCAUCAUCCGGGGGCCGGGCCACUCCUUGCCGGGGAUCGUCCUGCGGAUCUGGAAGUCGGAGGGCCCCUGGGGAUUCUGGAAGGGCAACGUCCUCAAUCUCUUCCGCAUGAUCCCCUUCAAGUCCAUCAACUUCGUCUGCUACGACAUGUACUGCGACUGCCUCCUCCGCCUCCCCGGCAAGACCGAGAUCUCAAACCACGACAGACUCGUCGCCGGUGGCAUCUCCGGCGUCGCCGCCACCGUCGUCUGCCUACCCCUCGACACAGUACGCCGCCACCUCCUCUCUCUCUCUCUCUCUCUCUCUCGCUCUCUCUCUCUCUCUCUCUCUCUCUCUCUCUCUCUCUCUUUCUCUCUCUCUCUCUCAUUCUCUCUCUCUCUCCCCUGAUUUGAGCGGCGGCGGCGGGGAUUUGCAGAUAAGGACGAGAUUGAUAGCUCCGGGAGGUGAGUUACUGGGGGGAGUGGAGGGAUGCUUCUUGCACAUGGUGCGCAACGAGGGGUUCCUGUCGCUGUACAAGGGCCUAGCGCCGGCGCUGAUCAGCAUGGGCCCGUCGAGCGCCAUUUUCUACGCGGUCUACGACAUGCUCAAGGCCUUCGACCUAUCACACCGGCAGCGCCGCCGCCGCAACGGCGACAGGGCCGCCGUGGAGGUGGGUGUGGCGAGGAGGCUCGUCUACGGCGCCGUCGCCGGAGCCUGCGCAGAGACGGUGACCUACCCACUUGAAGUCUUACGCAGGCAGCUCCAGCUCCAGCGGCGUGCCGGAAUGGGAAUGGCGGCUGCCUUCGUCAGGUUGAUAGAGAGAGACGGGGUUCCGUCCCUCUUCGCGGGGCUCCUCCCCAGCGCCCUCCAGGUCCGCCCCUCCAUUCCCCCUCUCUCUCUCUCUCUUCCGUCCAUGGAAUUAAAUCGGAAGGUUUGCAACUGACGGAAGGAAGCUCGCCGGCGAACUUGCAGGUGCUCCCAUCCGCCGCUCUGAGCUACCUCUUCUACGAGCUGAUGAAGUCCAUCUUGAAGGUUAACUGA